CUGUGUGGUGGACCUAACCCCUUCACGCUGUCCCGAAAAAGACUCUUUUCUUUCUCUCUUCCUCUUUCCUUCACAAAACUCUCUCAUUCUACUCUCUGUUUUUUUUUUGUGUACUCUCUUAAUCAUACCAUUUUUUUUUGAAAGAACAGAGUUUUUGCUUUUGUUUUUGUGUGUGGAAGAAGAGAUGGGGAAUUGUCAAGCGGUGGAUGCGGCAGCGUUAGUUCUACAACAUCCUGAUGGCAAGAUCGAUAGAUAUUACGGUCCUAUAUCCGUUAGUGAAGUCAUGCGUAUGUAUCCUGGUCACUACGUUUCUCUUAUCAUCCCUUUGCCGGAGACAAGUAUACCGGCCACCACGACGGCAACGACGAAGACAGAGGAUAAGAGUGCUGAGAGAAGGGUUGUGAGGUUCACGCGCGUGAAACUUCUCCGACCAACCGAGAAUCUUGUACUUGGUCAUGCUUAUCGUCUCAUCACUUCACAAGAGGUUAUGAAGGUUUUGAGAGCCAAGAAGUACGCAAAGACAAAGAAGCAUCAGAGUGAAACGACGACUAGAGAGAAGAAGAAGCCAUCACCAGAGAAGAAGAUUGAUGAAGAAUCCGAUAACAAGAAUCAGAAUCUGGAAACGAAAGAUGAGAAGCAACGUUCAGUGUUAACGAGUUCAGCAUCGUCGAAAUCAAAAACAUGGAGGCCAUCAUUGCAGAGCAUCUCUGAAGCUACGAGUUGAUGUUUGGUUCUUUACGUGAGGGACAAGAAACGUAGUCUCUGUGUGAGAUCAAUCAAAUCAGAAGAUGGAAUCUGAAGAAAGAAAGAGAUAUAAAACUUAAUCGAAAUAAACUCUUCUCUUAUGUUCCAUUCUGGUUAUUGUUACAUAGGAGAUGAAAAUUUUAUAGAUUAAGAUGUAAAAAGAACUCUGCAGAGAUUAAGAACUUAGUCCCUUUUUUUGUCCUGUCGUCAAUGUAUAUAUAAGUUCUCCAUAUGAAGAAAUCGAUCUGAAAAGAAAAAAAGAUUGUGAAAACA